AUGGGUGCAUCCGCCGGCUCGUCCCCGGCGAUGUCCUACAACAAGGCUGAAACCUCGCUCGGCCAGUCAGCGAGUUUGACCGGCGUUGCGGAGAAAUACGCACACCUGUUCGCGUCUCUCGGUGCCUUGAUCGUCGCGGAUCGCUGGCUCAGGGCGCAGUUCGUGGCGCAAGCCUGGACGUUCCCCGCCCCCCUCGCCGGAAUGUUCGCAAUCUUCACGACGCUGUGUGUGCUGUCUGCGACGUCGCCUGGCCUGGCGGACAAGAUCAUGGACGCGUUCCGGCCGGCUCUCAACUGGAUCGCUACAUGGUUGCCGCUCUUCUACCUCCCAACGCUGGUGGUUCUCCCGACGGCACUCUCGGGCAUCCCAGCCGCUGCGCUCGGCAAGAUCGGCGGGAUUGUGUUGGGAGGAAUGGUGGUGUCCCUCCUCUUCACGGCCCAAGCCGCCGUCUUCAUCCGCAAGUUUUCGAGCGCACAAGCCAUGCCCGUCCAGGCGGCGAAGAAGUCUUCUCCGUACAACAAGUGGCACUGGUAUGGAUGGAGUGCGUCGGCAGCGUGCGCCCUGGCGGCUUCGAUGGCGCUCAGCGGUGACCAGGCGACGGCCGCGCGCACGUUGUACAUGCUCUCGAUGACAGUGAUCGGGCAUCUGGUCGGCAACACCCUGGUGCCCCCACAGCUCCAGAAGGUCUUUCACCCGAUCAUCACGACAUGCCUGGUUGCACAGGCAGGGAUUGUCGGCCUGGCCGCGGCAAGCGGCGACACGGUGACGACCGUCAUGCAGGCCUACUUGACGAAGAACCCGAACGCGAUGGGGGCAGGUGACCUGCUCAUGUCGAUGCUGGGAUGCGUCAUUCUUUCGUUCGGCUUCCGCGUCUACGAACAGCGGGCCAUCAUGCAGCGGCACGCUGUCGAGAUCGCCGGUGCAACCGUGUCUUCGGCAGCUUUCUCUAUGAUGUCCACAGCCGUAGUUGGCCGUCUCAUUGGCCUGGACCCCAACCUCACGCUUUCCAUCGUCCCGCGCUGCGUCACCGUGGCGCUCGCACUGCCGAUCGCGCAGCAGCUUGGGGCCGAGCAACUGACCAUCACGGCCACGGCGGUUCUCGUCACGGGACUCGUCGGAGCGAAUUUCGCUCAGACCUUGCUCGACCGGUUCAAGUUCAAGGACCCCAUCGUCCGCGGGCUGGCCACGGCUGGAAGCUCGCACGGGUUGGGAACAGCAGCACUGGCAGCCAAGGAGCCAGAAGCGCUCCCGUACUGCGCUCUUGCGUACGCUCUGAUCGGUAUCAUCUCGACGCUCCUGUGUUGCAUCCCAAUGUUCCGCGAGGUCAUCCUGUCUCUUGCGGGGGCGUAA